AUGCUGCGGUUGGUGGCAGCAUGCCCUGAGUCCUGUGUGGUAUGCUCUAGAGAUGUAACCCUCUGUCACCAGCUAACCUACGUAGUAGCAGUCCCUGUGACCACGCGGGUUCUAAUAGUCACCGAUGGCUACUUCUCCUCUGUAGAGAGCACAAAUCUGUCUCUCUUGUUUAAUCUUGCCCUGCUCUCUCUGGGCAGGAAUGGUAUUGAGGGCAUUCAGGAAGAUGCUCUGUAUGGUCUUACGAAGUUGCAGACAUUAUUACUGGAGCACAACCGUAUUUCCAGUUCUUUUCUCCCGGAUCAUACCUUCAGCAAGCUGUAUAGUCUGAGGGUGCUGGUACUGAGCAACAACGCCCUCCACACCUUGAGAGGGGCCUGGUUCCACCAUACUAAGGCUCUGACCCGGCUCCAGCUGGAUGGCAAUCAGAUCACCAAUCUCACCGACGUUUCCUUCAGAGGUUCUAACCUCCACAGUCUCAGGCAUCUGGAUUUAUCUAAAAACUUAAUUUCCUUCAUUGAGAAAGAUGCUUUCCGGCCUCUGCCUCAAUUACAGGAAGUGGACCUGUCCCGGAAUAGGCUGGUCCACAUGCCUGAUGUUUUCUCUCCGCUGAAGCAUUUAAGCCUCCUCAGCUUAGAUAGGAACCAGUGGAGCUGCUCUUGCGAUCUCCACCCCCUGGCCCGCUUCCUGAGAAACUACACCAAGUCUUCUGCUCACACACUCCUGAAUGCCAAGGAACUGUACUGUGUGCCGGCUACCCCAGCCGGGGCCCUGCCAAAGAGUGUGCUGAGGCUGUCGGAGAGCAACUGUGAACCCAAGGCUCCCGACACCACCCUGGUUGUGAAGGACAGACGUCCUCUUCUCCCAGGGCAGGACGUGGCCCUGAUGACCGUCCUGGGCUUUGCAGGAGCUGUUGGUCUCACUUGCCUCGGUUUAGUUGUAUUUAACUGGAAACUCCAACAAGGCAAAGCAAAUGAACACACAUCAGAAAACCUUUGUUGCAGAACCUUCGAUGAAUCCCCGUGUGCUCAUGGAGCAAGAAAUUACCACACUCUGGGAUACUGUAACUGCCACUUAACUCAGGAAAACGAGAUAAAGGUCAUGUCCGUUGUGGGGUGCAGAAAGGAAAUGCCACUUUUACAGGCAAGCAGCCAUCAAGCAACAUUGGCCUCUGAGUCCACGGCCCUUGACGGAUCAUUUAGAAACCUGAAAAGGAAAGACCAUGGGGCAGACAGCACUUUGCUUUGCCUGGAUGGUAGCCUGCUGGAGUCGGGAUGCUCAGAGCCUCCUGGGAAAAGGGCAGCUUUUAAUGAUACAGGCUUAGUUACAAGAGAUUGUCCAAGGAGAGUUGAAAAGAUAAGGAAUCUCAAGCCUGUGGAAGUUCAGUCUCUAACCCUGCCACACCACAUUUAUUGUUCAGCAGAUAUCAACACGGACACAUUUAGAAGAAUAUAUGCAACAUCUGUUUCAGCCUUGGCAAGAGAAAGUCUUGAAAGGCAUUUAACAAAUGGAUCAUGGCAGCCUCCAAUAGAGAAAGAAGACAAUGGCUUACAACCUCACAGGAAGAGACACUUUACUACAAGCUCAGCAUUCAAGCCUUGUGAGCCCAAGGAAUACUAUGUACAAAGGUUCCUACACAAACUGAGAUCAAACUAUGAUGAUCCCCGAAGACUGGCAAAAUGGAGCAAGCCUACCUAUUUUCAGCCAAACAAUUCCCUUAUCUGUAAAUAUGUGUCCUGUGAUCAAUUUCAAAAUUGUAUGAAGGAAAAGAAGCCAAAAUAUAGAGAAUGUCCCAAGUUUGAGAAAGAGCAAAUCCAAAUUAAUAAAGCAAUAGAAAAAUUUCUUACGAGUGAGGAUAACAUACGCUUACCAAGGUCAUCAACAAAAAUGAAGAAAAUGCAUUCGACAAAGAAGUCUAGCUUUCAUUAUCCUGACUUAGUAGCAAAAAAUAGCUUGCUAUCACCUGAAGCAUCAGCCCAUCAGAAACAGCAGGAAAAUCAAAGUAACCAAGGGCCUGCUUUGGAUCACACCAAAUGUAACAACCCUGGAGAGAAAAAGGAAGAGCGAAAAUGGUUGGCUGAUUCACAGUUUCUGAACAAGAGAACUAGGCCAUCUAUCAAAAGGAUUAAAUUACAUUUACAUCCUUUUAGGAAAGUUAGAGUCCACCCAGAAAAAUCCUUGCCAGAACUUCUAAAGAAGCAUACACGAGUAUUGUUACCACCUAACAAGUUAUCCAAAACUGUGGAGGAAAAGGCCAAAAGAAAUUCUGUAUCUUUUGUGAAUUUUUGCCAACAGACAGAGAGUAAUAACUGUCUUAUACCCUCUUCAAAAAGACAGUUUCUCAAACAUGCUCUGAAACAGGCCCCCUAUUACAAAAGAAAUACUAAACGUGCCCUUCCUGUCCAUGCUGACACCUUGUCUGUAGACAAGCAGAGCUCUAUACAGAGCAGGCGUUACCCAGCUGGUCAGGUUCCAAAUGGGAAUGUAGCAACAUUGCCUCAGCAUACACUAAAGAAUGAUGAACACCGCCACUCACAUGCUUCAUCCUCAGGUGAGCAAGAGCAAGGUACAACCCAACUCCUCCUGGAACUUCCUGGUUAUUUACCUGACACUUGGGAAAACAAUAUUUUACCAUCUCCACAUUCUAGGGAGGUUAUUGACCAGAAAGCAAAAGAGUCCACUAAGCACAUAGACCAGGACAAAUCAAAAACCAACCAAUUAAGUCAGUGCUUGUUGUCCUUGACUAAGCAGCAAUCACACCUUCAAGGUAUACACCCACCUGUCUUCAAUAACAGGGAAUAUACUUUAGAUCAGAAUCAAGCUUUGUUACAAUGUGAGGAGAAAACUUCAAGUAACAAACAACUUGGAAAUGAUGGGAAAAUAUCAAUAGCAAACUUUAAAAAAUCACAUCAAAUUAUGGAACAGUGUUGCAUGGGUAAAGAAGGAUAUGGUAUAGGAGAAUCUCUUCCUAACACAGAAAUUUAUGAUUCCUCUCUCAUUUCUUGGACACACUCCAAGAACAACUCACCAACAAAUUCUAUCACACUCCAAAAUAGAACAGAGCUUCCCAAGCCUAGGAGUUCUUCUCCUGUUAGUAGGCAAGCUCCUUGGCUUCUUACCAAUAGCAGCGAGAAAGGAAUUGACAGCAUAAAUGCAUUACCCAGAGAUGAUGGCAAUGAAGCUCUGGAGAUAAAACUAGCAGACAAAGAUGCGCUUGACGAAAGCAGUUCUAGUCAGUUCAUGUGGACCACACAAAUGACCAUGAAACACCCCACCAAAGAAAGGCAGCAGACUGUGGAAAAUGGACCAAGUGAAACACAUGUAUUGUAUGACUCGGGUUCUGUUGACACCAUCAUGGUUAAAGAUUUUGGUAUCUUAACUUCCCAUGAAAGCCAAAACACAAUACCUCAUGAUGAAAUAGAUAUUGAAAAUAACAGUAAUGUGCAUGAUUCAAAAGAAAUUCAAAAUGUUCCCUCAGAUAAAGACAGUUGCGCACACACAGAGGGGACCAUGGGAAUGGAGACACAGGAAGCACUUUUCUUAUUUUCAGAGUUAAAAGACAGCAGUGUCAAGGCAGAAAACGAGGUCUCUCUAGUUCCUGGCAAUAUACACACAGAGGAAAACUCUGCUGCCGUGCUCCAUGCCUCAGCUGAGUAG